GUGAGAGAGGCAGGCAGCUUACAGUUCAGUAUGCCUGGAGCCGUGGUGGAGUGAAGGUAUAUCGCCGUGCUCUCCCCAAACUUCGCUAUUCUAACAACAAUGAUAGCAGCCGGCUGGGGAGACAGCACAGGACACUUAUAGUUAUAAAACCCACCGGUACAACAAGCCACCCAGGCCACGGAAAGGGUAGAAAAGGACACGGCAACACCACGGGUCUCUAAACACCUCUCUCUCUCUCUCUCUCUCUCUCAUCCUUGUGCCCCCCUUCCUAACUCUCCCCCGCUCUCCCAUCUCCCUCCCCCCACAAAUGUUUCACAGCCGUUCAGAAAUGCGAGUGGAUGUAAAAUGUAACCCGGCGGCUGCGGUGGUGACGGGCGCGCGUGUGGUGUUGUUAUUGGUGCUUGUGGUGGGGGCGAGGGUGGCGGAGGCCGAGGUGGGGGACUACACACACGAGUGGGCCGUGAGUGUGGAUGGCGGGGACCACGUCGCCGAGGAGCUGGCCAGGAGGCAUGACUUUGACGUGGCCUAUAAGUUGUUUGAUGACGUAUACGUGUUGCGUCACCGGCGGCUGGCACGGAGGUCUGUCGAUCCAUCCCCCGAGCACCACCAGCGCCUCAUCAACCACCCCAGCGUGAGAUGGGCGGAGCAGCAACGGGUGAAGAGAAGAGUGAAGAGAGAUUUCCUAACCCACGACCUGCCAAGAAGCUAUGACAUUGCCCAGCUGAACGACCCUAAGUGGUCCAAAAUGUGGUAUUUGAAUCGUGGCGGCGGCUUGGACAUGAACGUGCAGGCGGCGUGGGCGGCGGGCGCGACAGGCAAAGGCGUGGUGGUCACUAUUCUGGACGAUGGUUUGGAGAAGGACCACCCAGACCUCAUCAAGAACUACGACCCCAACGCCUCAUACGAUGUCAACAACCACGACCAGGACCCGAUGCCUCGUUACGACCUCGUGGACUCCAACAGGCACGGAACGAGAUGCGCUGGAGAGGUGGCGGCGGAUGCUAACAACUCCAUUUGCGCCGUGGGUGUGGCGUACGAAGCCAGUGUGGGAGGGGUGCGUAUGCUGGAUGGGGACGUGACAGAUGCAGUGGAGGCGCGGUCCCUUGCUCUCAACCAGCACAUCGACAUCUACUCUGCCUCUUGGGGCCCCGAUGAUGACGGCAAGACAGUGGACGGUCCCGGACAGCUGGCCACGCGCGCUUUCGUCGAGGGAAUUAGAAUGUGAGUAUUGAAAGGACGUGACGGCAAGGGGUCCAUCUUUAUUUGGGCCUCGGGUAAUGGAGGGCGUGAUCAGGACAACUGUAACUGUGAUGGCUACACCAACUCCAUCUGGACCCUCAGCAUCUCCUCUGCCACAGAGAAGGGACAGGUUCCAUGGUAUUCUGAGGCCUGCAGCUCCACCCUAGCUACCACCUAUAGCUCAGGGUCCCUUGGAGAGAGGCAGAUCAUCACCACCGACCUCCACCACUCUUGCACCACCUCCCACACUGGCACUUCUGCCUCUGCCCCUCUCGCUGCUGGGAUCUGUGCUCUAGCUCUUCAGGUGAACAGAGACAUCACCUGGAGGGACAUGCAGCACAUUGUGGUGCGGACAGCGCGCCCAGAGAACCUUGAGGCUCCUGAUUGGCAGAUCAACGGAGUGGGGCGGCACGUGUCACACAGGUUUGGCUACGGCUUGCUGGACUCCUAUGCGAUGGUGAAGCUUGCCCGGAACUGGACCAGUGUGCCGGCCCAGCGCUCCUGUGACGUGGAGGCGCCUCAUUUGGAUAAACUGAUCCCGCAGAAGAGCUAUGUGUCCCUGGAGCUUGAUGUCACUGACUGUCCGGGAGUGAACUUUCUGGAGCACGUGCAAGCAAAGGUGUCCCUGUCUGCUGACCGCCGUGGUGAUAUUGAGAUCUACUUGGCAUCCCCAGCCGGCACCAAGUCAACCCUACUAGCCCAGCGUCCCCAUGACAGUUCACACGCUGGCUUCCACUCGUGGCCCUUCAUGACGGUGCACAUGUGGGGCGAGAGACCGCUGGGCAAGUGGGUCCUGGAGGUUCACAACAAUGGACAUUUCUUCACCACUGGAUCCACCUUGCUGGAGGGGUGGCAACUGAUCUUUUAUGGCACCAGAACUAACUAUGACACGUGGCAGGCACGAGGAGCGCGGAGAAACCGUGGUGGUGGCAGUGGUGGUGGUGGCGUGGUGGGCCGAAGGGGAGGUGGUGGCUCUUCUGUACCUUUCCCCUACAGGAGGAACCACCCCAUCACCCCUCCUUCCACUACAACCACCACUACCACCACCACAAGCACCACCACCACUACUACCACUUCUCCCACUACCUCUGCCACCACAUCCACACCUUGGCACCCAUACUCCAUUCACAAAUACCCUCAAUACAGUAUCCCCCAACAAUACCCUCACAACCCACCACAAGGCUCCCUCCCUGCCCCCAUGCGCCCACCAAAUCACCGCGACAGCUCACACCACAAGGGCAAAGCUGGCAUGAAGGACUGGAGCAUCACAAUGUAUGGUACUGAGACUGAGCCAGGCCAGGAGGUGCCACCCCUUGUUGGAGAGCAACACCACUCCCAGAGCGACCCUGCAAUGCACCACGUUGUUGACACCACUGAGGGGAAGACGGAGACACGUGACCCAGGCACCCACAUGACUGGCUACCCAUCCUUGCCCUCCUCUGCACCACAUCUUGCCACCACCCCCCUACCAGUACCCAUGGAGAAGGUGCUCCCCAUGGGGUGUCUGCGCAGCUCAGCUGUGGGGGCUUGCUUAGAGUGUAAGAAGGACUACUACAUCUUCAAUGGGCAGUGCCUCAUGACCUGCUCCCCAGGGCAUUUUGCUUGGGAUCCCCAGCAGGAGGGCGUGACAGGUAUUCCCACUUGCCGUCCCUGCCACUACUCCUGCUAUAAUUGCUCUGGACCGCAGGACUAUGAGUGCACCAAGUGUUGGGGUGAUGCAGAGAUGUACUCACUGUCCAUGGGCCAGAGUCUGUGCCAGCCUCGCUCACUGCUGGACUCGUACCGGCGCCAGGAGGGAUGGUACAUGGCCCUGCUUGGUGUGGUGUUGGGCCUGGUGAUGCUGGUGCUGGUGCUAGGUGUGAUGGUGUUAAGGAAGAGCAAAGGUUCACCACAUGUGCCAUCCCUGCCCAAGACCCUCACUGGCCUCGUGAAGCCAGCAAGUAAUGGGAAGAUCAGCUACAGUCCCAUGGCUCAGGAAAGCUCAGACACUCUCACUACAAGCAAACCAUAUUAUGAUCUCGCCACAGAUGAAGAGGAGGAGGAUUAAGGUUAUAUGAGAUUAGAUCAUGAUGGUGAGGUACUUAAGUGUUUUAUGACAUUUUAACUUAUGUUAUUUUGUGUGUAAGAGUGCCUGUCAUUUGGUCCCUCAGGAUGGGUACUUUCACAAAGCUCUAUGCAAUAACAAUGUGUCUGUUCUGGUUGUCACACCAAGACAGCAAUGUAAUGAGAGUUCUCCAACUGUGAUUGUCUCUGUGUUAGAAAUGUUUCAAAGUUCAUUUUUAAUGGUUCUUGAGUUUUUUAUAUAAAUAUAGUGAAGUCCAGAAUGACAUAGGAGAAAAACAUAUUCCAGGUAACAUGAAGAGUUGAGUGUUUGUGUGUGUGUGUGUGUGUGUGUGUGUGUGUGUGUGUGUGUGUGUGUGUGUGUGUGUGUGUGUGUGUGUGGCCUAAUUAUAUGAGCAUAAUGACUGGUGAAGACUGUCCGUGUAUGGCAAUAAUAUUAUCUCCCCGAUUGUAAUGAUAAUGCUUGUUUAUGGUGUUGUGAGGGUGUGUCAUCUCUGCCUGCACUCCAGCACCUCUCAUCCAAGAAUCUUCACUUACAUAUCCUGUGUAAUAAUGAAUUCAGGCAGUAACUCAUAACUUUGAUUGAAAACUGUCUAGAAUUCUUUGAAUCAUUUAAUGAUAACUCAAUGUAGGGUGUGUUUACGAGAUUAUAUAUUUCCAGUUUUAUAACUAUUAGCUCAAAUGAAUCAUGUGUAAAUAGUAAAUAGUGUUGUCUUUUAUAGUUUUCAUAUUUAUCUUUUUUGUACAUAGUUUUCCCUCCCAAGAACUGCUCAUCACUAUUCAUUGAUGAUGGGAGCAGCUGUCAUGGGGGAGCAUUCACUUGUUGCUAUUUUAAUAUUCUAAUUCUUAUCUCCAAAGAAAUAUCAAAAGAAAUCAACCUAUCCAUUCAUUAUGAGAGGAAAUGUCUAGCAGACUUGUAUAGUUUGUUCAUGGAGAAGUUAUCAUUUAUGUCUGCAAUGAGGGACUGACAGUUCUACUUUAGUUAAGAUCAUUGAGGCAAGAGUUAACCUUAUGCAUUGGUCUUGAUUAACAGAAGUUGAAGCUCUUGUCUACCUCUACAUAAGCUAGCCAGGAGGGAUUGACAGAUGGUAAUGUGAUAAUAUGCAGCAUGAUCUAUUUGUAUAGUUUGCUUUUGCAGUUUUUGGUGAUGCAGUCGUGGUCAGUUGUCAGUUCACGUGCUGUCACUCCCAUUGUGUUUGGCAUUUCUCCUCAGUCUGUUGUCCCACAAUUUGUUCCAUCAGUAUUCAGGUUUUCAAUGUUCCUCAGUUUUCAGAUUUUUAUAUCUUCCUCAGUCAUGCUUUUCAUUCUUCCUCAGUUGUCAGGGUUUUAGUGUUAAUCAGUCAAGCUUUUCUUUCUUCCUCAGUUUUCAGUUGUCAGAUUUUAAUUCUUCCUCUAUUCAAGUUUUUCAUAUGUCAAUCUUUAAGUCAUAAGGGAAUUAUAAAGCAGAUAAAAGGAAUAAAGACUGAAGGAAAACACACAAUACAAUGGCAAGGAGUGAGACUUUUUACUCAUUUGAUAGUUGAUACCUGACCAUGAGUGUAGCAUUGUUUUGAAGCAGUGGAGGCAGUGGGUUAGGUGGUGCUUAGAUGUGAUAGCCAACACACUCUUGGCUUGGAUGUUUUUUAACAGAAUAUUAGUCAAGGUGCAGCUUUACUGAGAUCACUCAUACUCGUGUGUGUAUGUAUAUAAGUGUGAAUACAACUGGUAAACAUUGCUACUGGUGUAUUGGGACCAGCCAGGUGGGACUUUUGAGUCUUUUUGCAUAGCAGGGGAAGAGUACAAAGUGAAUUCAUGUGCUCUGGGCAUUAAGAUGAAAUUUCUUUAUGUUCCUCAACUUGGCUUUCUUGUCUUUAUAAUUUACCAUCCUCAGAUAUUCCCUGGUGCAUUUUUUCACUCCCGUUUAAUUUCAUGGUUGCAAAAAGCCCAGUUCAUCCAUACUCAACACUAUUCCUUCUAGCGCCAACACAUAUAGUUUUCAAUCAUAUGCCAAGUCUCAUUAUAGCUGAAUACAGUACAGAAGUUUCAGAAGUAAAUAAGAAAAGAAUAUAUGACAGAAAUUAAGCUCCUGUGAAAAAGAGCAGAAGUAAAGAAGUCUGCUGAUAACACAUAAUGCAGAAUGUAUAGGUAAGAGAGUGACAUUCAAGAAAAGACAAAACAGAUGUAUUCCAAAAUGCAGAAACCUCCGUCCUUCCAGUCCAUCCCUGCAGGGCACACUGAACCAAUGUACUUAAUGUGGAGUUGUAGAUUACUCCCAAAUUCACCUCAUUAUGUAAGCAAGUAUGUCCUGCGGGUCCAUAGUUCCUGUUCUCCUUUAAGAGUCUCCUAGAACAGUGGAAGUAAACACAACAUUGCCAACGCAGCAUUCCUGCCCUCAUCUUCACCCUUUUGUUUGCAGUGAUAGAUAGAAAAAAAGUAGCAUUCAAUUGCCAGCAUGAAAAAAAAUAGUUGCUUCCUUCUUUUUAUGAGAAUGGAAGAAAGAAAUCAGAAUUCACCAUUUUCACUUUUUUCGUUUGUCUGUACAGAAUAGUACCAAAAAAUCAGAAUUUAAGUUUUAGUAUGAAAAAAUAUGAUGGUUUUCUUCACUGUAUGGGAAUGGUAGAGAGAAAUCAGAGUUUGGGAAUUAAUAUGGGAAAAAAUAGGGAUGUUUUGUUCGUUGGAUGCAGAGGAAUGGUUGAAAGAAAUAACAAUUUGAAUCUGAAAAAAAUUAGGAUUGUUUCUUUUAUUGUAAAAGAAUGAGUUAAAAAGGAGAAUUUCAGUGUCUUGAAAUGAAGAAAAUUAGGUCUUUGUAUCUUUUGUUGAUAUUAAAGGAAGAGUGAAGGUAGAGAUCUUUUAAAACUUGUUAUGCGCCCUUGGAAAGAAGCCCCAUUACUUACUAUGUACUGUGUUAUGUUUAAUAUUCCCAUGACUCUUUACAGCAUCAUAAGAACAUUGAUCAAGACUGUGAAUAGAGUAACCAAUGGAGCGUCUUUUUAUUUUGUUGCCUGGUGUAAAGAUUAAUGGUCUUCCACAAGGUGCAUAUGUACUUUUAAGAUAAUGCUGAGUGUGAUAUGCCUUUAAACUUCAAUAUUUCUGUAAUGAAGAGACAAGAUUAUAUUGUGUGUGAUAUGAGGUGAAAACUCUAAUAUUUCUUUAAAAAUUGAUUAAAAAUUGAUUAACUCCUGUAAAGCUUGUAUAGUCACCAGCAGCAAUAGUUUUAUUUUUGCUGCAAUUUUGUUGUGUAUGUUGCUUUGUUUCCUGUUUAUGAACUAUAUAUGCACACUAUUUUAUUUGCUUUUACUUACUCUCAAGAUGAAAGUGAUUUUUUGCAAAAUUUACCGAAGUUGAAUGUUCUUAAAUGUUUGUUUAUAUGGAAAAAGGAAAACCUGAGAAAAAAAAGUGGUUUAUCCAUUUCUAUAAUGCAUGUUUCCAUUUUGUGUUUGCAGUUUUCACCAGAAAAAAUACAGUAAAGAAAAUAUUAGAAAAAAAAAUUGCAGUAGAAUUUUGUAAAUUUUUUGAAAAGCUGAUACGUACCUCAUUUUGAAAUAAGUUGGUAAUUAUCUUGACAUUUUAAUGAAAAGAAAACUUAAGGUAAUGAAAUCUGUGAGCAGAUUUUUAUAUUGUAUUAGAUGUAAUGUACCUUGAUUAUUGUAAUGAAAAUAGUUAAAGUAAUGAUAUCUUCAGGUUAAGGACUGAAAUACAAAACCAACAUAAAUUACCUAUAUCAAUUAAUUAACAUGGAAUUUCAAAAGAGAAAUUACAGAAGAGAAAAUACACACUAACAUAUAAUGACAGAAAUUCAGGUGUUGGGAGAAAAAAAUACAAUGAUGGUACACAAUAUAGAAAGUUAGGAGAGGAGGUAAAAUUCAAGUAACUAGAAAAAACAAAAAUAGGAUUUAAUGUACAUUGGUAACAAGAAUUAUUCUUGUAAAUUUACCUCCAGUGUGUAUAUUAUGAAACUAUUAAUCUCAUUUUAUCAGGGUUGGAGCUUUAGUUUUAUUUUCACUGUAUGCCUGUAUUAAUUGGUGUUCUUGGUAAUGAUGGCAGUGUUUGGGUGAAUUAUUUGAUUAUAAAGUUGGGAAAGUAAGCGUUUGCAAUUUCUCAUAAUAUAUCCAUAAUAGUUGCACUCAGUGUUUGAAAAAAAGCAACCCAUUGUACUUAAAAUUGUAGAGAAUAGUUAAUGCAUUCAUGUAUUAUUAUUUAUCUGUGUUAUCGUCUUUUUAAAUAUGUAGCUUUUUUUUUUUUUUUUUCUGUUUCUGCUGCUGGUGAUGGAUUUUUGUUUUAAUAGUCAAUGAAUUUUUUAAUUGUCAAUUAAUUUUUUUCUGGUUGGUUGAAUUUCUUAUUCUUGUUCAAAAUUUACUGCAUUGGAUUUGUAAUCAUGAAUUCUGAAAAAAAAAAAGAUUUGCAA